AUGCAGCAUCCGUCUGAGCACACCUUCGUCCAGCGUGAUGCCAUGCCUGGUUCCGCCGAGGGGCCAGGCACGCUGACGUCUUCCCAGGCUCUUCCAUCCCUCUCAUCGAUGCAGCAGCCAUCCGAAGCUGCGAAUAAGAAUGAUCUAGGUUAUCUAUCGCCCCAAGCUGCGCACUCUCUUACGAGUCCACCUGCUCCGAAACGAACUGGUUCUCCUUUGCGACCUGUCACUCAGACUCAUACAGCUACUCAUUUUCACGAUAAUUCAGGUCUUGUCGAUCCUGAAGCACUACAGGCUUUCUCGCGCAUGAACUUGGGAUCCUUCGGUCCGACAGCGCCAGCGGCCACACGUACACAGCACGCCUUCCCAACCGCAGCUGCAGCCCCGCAUCCACCAGCACAAGUCACAAAUCAUACACAUGCUGCUCAGUAUGCUGCUCCUGCGCAUCAAACCGUGCCGAAGGCUAAGAGCUCAGCUGGCGCUGCCGCUACUAGGACUUCCCAUGCAGUCACACCGACGUCUGACGAGUCGUUUCGAUGGACCCUGGGUGAUUACAUGCUUGGGCGGACGAUCGGUGCUGGAAGUAUGGGCAAGGUAAAAUACGGCCAUUGCAAGGCAGAUGGGCAAAAGGUAGCGGUGAAAAUUGUGCCGCGAAACACAUCUGUCAAUGCACUAAAACAAAGCCGUGGAAAGUCGAAGCAUACAGGCCAGCCCUUGACGGAAGCGGAACUCGAGUCAGCUUUCGCACGCGCGUCCACCAAGGAUACCUCGAAGGAAGUGCGCAUCGUACGUGAAGGCAGUCUCCAGAUGCUGCUGCUCCAUCCCUACAUAUGUCGCAUGCGUGAAAUGAUCACACACCCGAACCAUCACUAUAUGGUGUUUGAACAUAUCAAUGGUGGUCAAAUGCUCGACUACAUCAUCGCUCAUGGACGUUUACGCGAGCGUUCUGCGCGAACAUUCGCUCGCCAGAUUGGCAGUGCACUGCAGUACUGCCAUGCUAACAAUGUAGUGCACCGCGACCUCAAAAUCGAGAACAUUCUCAUUUCGAAAUCCGGCAAUAUCAAAAUCAUUGAUUUUGGCCUUUCCAAUAUGUACACACCCCAGGGCCACCUCAACACCUUCUGUGGCUCGCUGUACUUCGCUGCACCGGAGUUGCUCAAUGCUCGUGUGUACACGGGUCCAGAAGUGGAUAUUUGGAGUUUUGGUGUCGUACUUUAUGUACUUGUGUGCGGCAAAGUUCCCUUCGACGAUCAGAGCAUGCCCGUGCUCCACGCGCGGAUCAAGCGCGGUAUGGUGGAAUACCCAGGUUGGCUCAGUCCUGACUGCAAGCAUCUCUUGUCGCGCAUGAUUGAAGUAAACCCACUUCAGCGUGCGACUUUAUCUGAAAUCAUGUCCCAUCCAUGGAUGAUGAAAGACCAUCACGCGCCCGAACCGAACUAUUUGCCAAAACGCACACCUCUCUCGGCGUCGGAUCUCGACCCAGCUGUCAUUGAGCGCAUGACUGGCUUCGAAUUCGGCUCACCGCAGGACAUCCAUCAGCAGUUGCUGAGCGUUCUCCGAAGUGAAAGUUACUUGGAUGCCGUCGCUCGACAUGAACAUGGUCAUACUCAGCAUCUGGAAGCGGUUCCCCCAAAUUCUGGUGCUUCCUCCGUUGAUGCACCGCGUGGCAAUCGGAUCUCGCGACAGAUCACCGCAGGCCUCAACUUCUACCAUCGGCACAUGUUCAAGUCGUCUGACACACCCUCUUCGUCUUCUGCAACUGUGGAAGGGCCGCCUGGUAUCAAAGGGCCCAUUCAUCCCGCAUAUGGAUUCCACCCCUUAAUCUCGGUGUACUUCCUCGUGAAAGAGAAAAUGGAACGUGAACGAUUCGGUGGCUCUGAAGUGCUCAACUCGUCGGAUCUUCUCUUGCCCCAAUCUGGUACUGUUGGUCACUCUCGACACGCACCUCCCCAGGACGUGCCUGAGUCGGCAGCAAUUGAACACCUUGAUCAGGUCUCUCUAUCGGCCUCGAUGCCCACGUCAGCGACGGCCGUUCCUGCCCCAUCUUCAGCCGCGUCGCCGCCACCACACCCGUCCUCUUCCUACAGUGGAAUGGCCCAUCCGGCUUCGUCGGCUAUAGGUCGUCUAGUCGCCGAUAUACCCUCGCCCACUGUUCGGCCUCCAGAAAGGUCGCACGUGUCGUCGCGUACAGUGGGAGCCGCUGCCUCAGUUCCUUUCCCGCCAUCGCCUCUGCCACCAACAGCUGCUUUGAUGGCUGGACGUGAUUCUACGACACCCGUCUUUGAGUCACGCCAAAAGUCACAGCCCAUGGCUGUCAUGAUGGGCCCACCCCGUCCUCUCGCACAUGCUGACGAAUUGGAGUCAAGUCUCCGAUCCGGUAUGAAGUCGCCGACUGGCUUAACCGAUAACUAUGUCGCUCGCACAUCGCCGAUUUCACCUGUCUUUGAGCGAAAAGCCAUUCCACAACGCAGCAUGAGCAUGAAUCAUGCGCGCCACGCGCGUCAUGUCGAGCAGGGGAGGGCUGGUCGUGACGGUAGGGCAUAUGCCGUGCAGUUGUCGGAUGCUGCGCGUCCGCUGCCUACGCUAGAUGCUAUCCAGUCCGAAGCAGGACUGGGCCUUUUUACCGGUGAAGCGCCGGAGGUCUCCAAUUCAAUGGCCUCUGAUUCCGUCACUGGCGCUGGCGCCAACCUGACUCGUCGCUUUGGCACAAUGUCUGCGCGUCCGUCGCACAAUACGUCAAAUGUUAUUGUUCCGCCGCCUGAUCUCUUCUCUGGGCAAACGCAUGCGUAUGCCGUUGAAACUGGCGCUGCGAAUACGCCUGAUAUGCAUACAUCGCUAGAUGAGGCCACAUCUAAACCAGUGUUUCUCAAGGGUCUCUUUAGCGUACAAACUACGAGUCGCCGUCCACGCGCGAUAAUCAGGCGUGAUCUUAUCCGUGUGCUGGAACAGUUCGGUGUCCAUUAUUCGGAGACGAAGAGUGGGUUUGAGUGCUCAUAUCAGGCUCCUUUAAUUGAGACAGAUUCACUCGGCUCCCCAAAACGCUCCACGUCCCAUCUAUCAUCAGCUGCCACGUCUUCUCCUAUUGCCGGCGCGGCUUUUACAUCCAUGCAGCAGUCUCAUUCACCUGUCGCCACGGGCGUCGGCGACAUUGGUAUCGACGCUGCGACGCCGUCAGAAGGCGUCCUUUCUACUCCUGCAUUCGACUCUACACCAACAAAAUCAGGCGCAAGCAAGCCUCGUUUGUCAGAGGAUGAAGUGGAAGUUGUCUUUGAAAUUUGCAUUGUCAAAGUCCCUCUCCUACUUGGUAUGAAUGGUCUUCAAUUCCGUCGUGUGUCUGGCAACCCGUGGCAGUACCAAACGCUUGCUAAGCGCAUCCUGAAUGAGCUUAAUUUGUAG